AUGCAGCAAAGAUUAGGCAACAAAGUCCUCCGGCAGAGAUUAAAAGGCCCAGCGUUAGCCUCGUACUACCCCAGACGAUCAGCCACCGUGGAAGACGUUCUAGACGAAUUCAAAAAGUUUGACCUGGAAGGCUUCAACGAAGAGGAGGACGACAGGUUGGAAAAUGUGGCCUUUGCUAAGUUGCGAGGGAAGGGUGCGCCCAAAAAGAAGAAGUCGGCAGCAGGUAUGGUGUUCAAAAUCGCUGGGAGCCAGCAAGAAGCUAAUAUAUGUUGCAGAGGGACGCGCCAACAAGAAGAGGAAAUAACCUUAGCUGAACACAGCCCUGUAUUGCUAUAUAUCAACACCGAGAUACCCAACAUGGACUUGAUCCACGUUCGAUUUUUGACCGUCCUACCCUUCCUCGCUUGGCUUGUUAGCAUUGCAUUCAAGUCAAUGCUUCGGUACUCAACUUUUCUAGCGGUGUUGCAGAACCCCGUGUAUUCUCCUGGUGGUAACAUAUGUCGUCCACCUGCAAAGGGCAAUCCUGCUCGGAAUCAGCUCCGCCUCGAGUUGAUCCGUUCCACCGGCGACCGAAGUCGGCAUUCUCGGGACUGGACGUCGAGAUCGGCCGAGCCUGUCGCUACAAUGACUGGUGACCUGCAGCCCUAUCUGGCGCUAUUAGAAAUUGUGUGUACCCAAUUCCGAGAGGACGGGGUAUUACCGGGCAUCCCGGUUCUCGAGAGCGAGACGAAACCCGGCCAGCGUCAACCGUUAUUCGCCAGGAAAAGAUUUCGAGAUCCCAUCUCCGCAUGCACAUCCAUGCUUCUUCCCCGCAAGGUUCUUCCGCACUCCCUUAGCCACGGACAACGUUACCCCUCUGUUGCGUCGUGCCUGUUGGUCAAACAUCAUGGUCCUCAGAAUUUUUCCCAUUCUUUGGAUGACUGCGGGGCAUAG